ACCGUGCUAUUUGGCAAACUGCAAACACUCGAAAACUGAUCGAAAGCCCUCAGAGAUUUCAACCCUCUCUUCUUCCAUGGCUUUCCCACCAGCCGAGGUCGGAUUGGGACUGCUGCUAUGCCCUCUCGGCUCCAACGUCAUCGUCCGCACUGCUUGCUGCUCUGUGGGUGUGGCUUUGCCUGUGUACUCGACUUUCAAAGCUAUUGAGAGCAAAGAUCGAAAGGAACAGCAGCGAAUGCUUCUUUACUGGGCAGCUUAUGGAUCUUUCAGUAUAGCAGAAGUGUUUGCAGACAGACUUAUCUCCUGGGUCCCACUCUACUAUCAGAUAAAGUUUGCAUUUCUCGUUUGGCUACAACUUCCAAGUACAAAUGGGGCAAAGCAUCUGUAUAUGAGGCAUUUGGGUCCAUUCCUGCGGAGGCAUCAAGUUCGACUUGACCAAGUUGUAGAGUAUAUAAAUGCUGAAGCGAAUAAAUUCAUCAGUUCACACCAAGAAGAGUUAAAGUUUGCAUGGAAUCUUAUUGUGAAAAUUCUGGGCUCAGCAACUGGACUAGUUAAGGGACUUGUGCACCCGGGACAACAGAAGAAACCAAAUCGUGCAAUUCGAGGCCGUGGCGAACAAGCUGGAGACUCUGGAUCAGACCAAGACGAUUAGAGUAUUCUUAGCGAGCACUCCCAAAGUUGCAUAUAGUAGAAGCCAAUUGUUAGCUCAGAUUUUACUUUUCGAUGUUCAUUAGAUCUUGUAAAUAUACUUCCCUUGUUUCGUGUGCUUAAAACCUGGAGGUAAACAAAUUUCUUUAGGAAACAGCAAAUGAUUGUAUACAGUCUACACUUUGGCAUCUGAUCGUCUUUCCUUUUGAAAAUAGUUUUCAGUUUUGUACAUGCUGCGUUUUGAGUUA